UUCUAUCAUGUUUGCUGAACUUUCUGGCAUGUUUGCUGAGACAGACGAAGUUUUAAAUUUUGUUAGACCUAGUUUUUUUUCAAUAUUUUACGUUUUUUAUGAAUAUUUUUUCUUAUGAUUAUGUUGUAUCGCAAAUGGUGCGAAGCUCCGGCUAGCCCCUGUGUUUAUUUUGCAUUAUUAUUGGUUGUCCUGGCAAAUCUCGAAAAUAUCAAUACCUGGUUAAGGUUUUUAUUAGUUUCUAAGAGGUAGGAGAAUUGUCUCAAGCUAUUAAAAGCUAUAAUAUUUGUUUUUGUAAAUACGCUUUCAACAUCCAUUUCUAAUUAGUUUUUAAGAAACAGAUUUUUUGAAACCAGUUGUUAGAAAUUCUCUAGGUGAGCGACGGGGAGGCGACUAAAGUAUCUGCCUCUCAAUCAAGUUUAUGACGGUUCGAGUCGGAAAACAACAACAGAACCUUGCAGUUAUUAAAAAACGGAAGAAGUUGUUCGCAGUGAACUUAACAGCUUGUAUGUUGAUCUUUUCCACCGUGGAGAAAAGAUCUCAGCUCAAGUUGGUUUUUUUAGAACCAAGAUGUCGCAUAAUCACGCACAUAACCAUGCUCACAACACAAGUGACCAUGUGAGUUAUGAAGAGAUGCUCAAAACUAAUUACGAACUGACUGAAGAAAAAACAAAGCAACUAGUGGACUCAAUUGGAAUCAAACCUGAUUGGCACAUUUUGGAUGCUGGAGCUGGAAUUGGAAUUAUGAGCCAGCUCUUUCUGGAUAAAAUCAAAGACGGGCCUGGAACUUUGACUCUUAUGGAACCAUCACCAUCUUUCGAAACCCAUUUAGAACAAUUAGUGCUGGCUAAUAAAAAAAAAGUUAUCUUCAAGAAAACGCAAAUUGAAAUGAGGGAUUACCCCUGUAAAAAAUCUGACUCAGGAUACGAUCUUGUGUUUAUCAGACUGGUGCUACAUCACUGCCGCGCAGACUAUGCAAUCGGAUGUCUACUGAGUGUCCUGAAACCAGGGGGAAUGUUCGUAGUGCAGGAGUUCGUUCACGGCACCGCCGCCUUCUGGGCACAGAAGACAGUGUGCACUGCGCUUCAUCAGCUAGAGCUGCAAUCCAUUGGUGAAAUCAGAACACACGCGUUGUGCGGUGAUCAUGCUAAUUAUAUUCCACCUGCUAUGUACAAAAAUUUAAUCAGCCAAUCGUGUGAAGUUUUGCACUUUGACAAGUUUAUACCAGAAGGCCACCCGGCUGACACUUUGGGUAAGAAUGUCUUCACAAUGAUGACAAAACACUGCAGAAAUGAAGAGACGAAGAAUAAAGCACAGAAAGAAUACGAAGAUAUCUGUGUUGAAAAACACUCGGUUGUUUAUUCGCGAGUACACAUUAAUAUCAUAGCCAAGAAAAACUGAAAUUAGUUCAAGAUCUAGAUUAGAAAUUAAACAUCUACUCACCCGAUGCUGAAGUUUUAACAUAUCUGGAAGAUUUUAUUCGAUAUUUUCUGACGUUUUAUUAGAUCUUUAU